UCUCUACUAUCGCUGACGCGGGGCUGUUAGUCACGAGCAGUUUAGUGCUCCGACAUCUCCGCUACAGCCACAUUGAGGAUUACACCAGGUGCAACCAGUGAUUCUUAUUAUGUAGUGGACACAAUCUGAUCGGUAUACGGGAUUUUAACUAGAUAGGAUUGCCAUUGAGAUCUUAUGCUAUGUGAUUAAGCUAGCUGCAGAUGACACUGACUCAACAAGGUUUUAUAUUGGAUUUUGUCUGAUCAAUAACUGCUAUUCAAACAUCGGAGGGAAAUGAUGUGAUGAAGUGUGACGUCUAGUUCCUCCUUAAUUACGUCGAUGUGAUCACCGGCCACGUUUUUCAAGCUAAUCCAGCCAAGGGAACGAUCCCCUGAUUGGAGAUGAGAAAGAGUAAACGAUAGUUUGCCAAGGUACAUGUCGCAUUUAACAUCUGGUGGAAGUCAUUUUUGACUGCGUUACUGACGGACCGGUAUUUUAUUCCGUAUUCCUUCGGAACAUGUGAAAAUUGUAGAUAAUCUGUUCAUAGGCUGCCUAAAUCUGAUUAUCAGAUUAGCACGGAAAAUUUGUUCUCUCAAUGAAAACAAUAAUAACAUCUUAUUAUAAUCAUCUUAUGAAAACCGAAUAAGGAGUACUAAACCGUCUGCAACAAUGGUUAGGCCCUGUUCGUCGAAUCAGGCAUCGAAUGAGGCCCCGGCACGUAGGCUUAGCCUGGCACUCCGUCCCAAGUCUCGGGGGAGUAUUUCGCGUUCCUCGUUCUGUUCUACUGUGUCAAGGGCUAGGAGUGCCCCCUACCUCUAUACGUACACCCCGACAAGCAUCAGAGACCCAAAGGAGACACCCAGCGCCUGGACGACAACUUCUAAACAUAUCACCCCAGAGAAAAGGCGUGUUCCUAUCUACACUAGUCAAGAAGAUUUGCUCUUAUCAGACUUGGACGACUAUGGGAUCUUGAAGAGUAAUAGCACUACUAACUCUCACGGAGAGGCUGAUCUAUACGCCUAUGGAAUGGUGAACCCGAAGCGACACCACUCAUGUUGCCUCAGACCCGCGACUGUAGGGGUGAAGGCUGGGAAGGACCAGGGAGGAACUACAAGACCAAGGACUCAUGUUGACACAUCUAAGAGAGCUGAGGAUGGCAGACGACAGAGCAAAGCAGUCAAUGGGGUUUUACCCCCUCUCAACAGCCGCGGUACCAUGGGGAGGGAGACUUCACUGGGCCCACUGGAGACUGCCCCUCAUGAUGGACAUUGGAAGCUGGAGAGACGAUCACUCAGCGAGUCCACGGAUCAGAAGAUCAUAUCUCAUCUGAGAAGACAACUGAAUAAACGCUUAGAGAAACGGAUGCAAGAGUUGAUCUCCACAGAACUUUCUGAUCAUUCCGAUGAUGACGCAGUGGACGGGAAACAAGCAGAGAGUAGACAUACCACGGCCAUACGAGGAGGUGUUUCCAGUCUCCUGAACAACUAUGAUGAACUCGGUGAGAAAAAGGGAGUAGUGUCCUCUCAACCACAUCCAUCACCUCGACGCCAUCAACGUAAACUGGAACCCCUCGCCCCCGACGAACCUGCUGCCAAGAAUGGUGCUAUCCCUGUUCAACAGCCUGUCCUGCCAAACAUAGGCGAACGACAGAGUUCGAGCGACAGUGCUGGCCGGCCCAAGUUACGAAAGAGUGUCUCAAUGUCAGAAGACGAACCAGAAAUCCUCAACAAGGAGGAAUUCAGAAAGAGAUCCGCAAAGCUGAAAGAACAAAAGUCACCGGAAGUUGCAAUAACGGUAGAGUAUUCUGAGGAUGCGCCGCAACCGGAAUUGACGAAAGAGAAAUCGACGCUCAGUGAUCACGAGACUGACCAGGAGAUUCAGUACCUAUCACGGGAGGAGACUGAUAUGGACAAUGAAAGCUUUAGUUCUUUAGAAGUGAGUCCGGUGCCCACACCGAUGGUGUACAGGCCAGAGACGAGGGAGGCGCAACGUUACAGCUACGAGGAGAGGGUGGCACGGAUACUCAAGGGCUCGAUGAACAUCAAGGUGCCUGCGGAUUCGAAAAUACUUAGGAUUUAUGUCAGCUCAGCAUUUACAGAUUCGAUAGGUGAGCGCAGCCGCCUCAUUCAGAAGGCCUACCCCGAUUUGAAAGAGUACUGCUCUAGCCGAGGGUACGAGCUGCACAUCAUGGACCUGCACUGGGGGGUGACUAGCUGGCAGACUGACGACCACACAGGACCUGACAAGGCCAUGCAGGUACUCGAGAAAUGUACGGAGGGCGCGAGGACUAUUUCAUUUGUUACUUUCCUCAGCCAAACCUACGGACCCUCCUUACUCCCGACAUCGAUCCCCGCGGACGAGUUUCAGUUGAUACUGAAAGAGGUGGAAAAGGACUUUGAAAUCCAGCGGCGGUUGACCCAGCAGCGCAUGGUUGCGUUGAGAGAGGCGCAGCUGGCCAGACAACGAAAGCAAAGCAGUGAAGGCACGGAGGAGGAGGAGGACGGAGAAGAUGGGGCAGAUGACGAAACCAAAGACACUGAACGAGUCGCAAGCGUCACUAAGAAUCAUGAAAAGACCGUGAGGUUCUCUGUGGGCGAGCUGAAGAGUUCGAAGCAAGGCGAUGGUUCGGCCGACUCGACACUCCUGACGCAGUGGUACUUGCUGGACGAGAAUACAGUCCCGCCCGUUUACAAGUUACAGCGAAUCAGCACACACAUCAAAGACAUCCUUCGCAAUGACCCUGCUGUGAAACAAGCUGCCAAACGUACCUGGCAGGGAAUGGCGGACAAAAUGGUGGACAUCUUUCAGAAUCACGCCAAGAACCUUUUGACAGAUCCAAGGGACCGACAGAAAUAUUUCCAAUCAGCUGUGGACAAAGAGAUCGAGACAGGCCUUCUUUACGCAGACAGCCCAGAUAACACCUGCCUCUGGUACGACCGGUUCAUCCCCGACAUCUACAGUCACCUCGGUGAAACCAAGGUCAAGGAUUUCAUCGACCUUCGAUCAGACAUUGCCGAGAUCGAUCCUUCCCGGGCCGAACUCCUGGAGAACCUGCGGGCGAAGAUGGCCGACAGGGUACCCAAAAAGAACAUCCGCUUCUCCGAGGUGAACUGGUCUUCGGAAGGCCUGGACGAGAGGGUCCGAGCUCACGACAAGUACUUCGAGAAAGUGGCGGUAGACUUCCGAGAUACCAUGCUGCAGAGACUGGAGUCACUGGUCAAAGAGGAUAAGAAGAGAUACACGUGGAAGAUACAGUUGUAUGAAGAGGUGGCGAAGCAUGUCGACUUCUGCCAUGAGAGGGCUCGACAAUUCCAUGGUAGAAAGGAACUGCUGAACACGAUCAAGCGUUACAUCCGGUCGAAAUACCGCCAUCCGCUGGUUGUUCAUGGCCGGUCUGGGAGUGGGAAGACCUCGCUCCUCUCGAAGGCAGCAAAAGACACACACAAGUGGUUCAAAGGCAAAAACUCCAUCACGGUAGUACGCAUGAUCGGCGUGACGUCAGCAUCGACGAACAUCCGGUUGCUCCUGAAGGACAUCUGCACCCAACUCUGUGUGGUGUUUGGGAACGACCCCGAGGAGUUGCCUGAUGACUACAAGGGAAUUAUGAAUGACUUUAGCUCAAGAAUGUCUCAGGCGACGGAGGACCAGCCGAUUAUACUCUACAUAGACUCGUUGAAUCAGUUAUCAGCUGACUUUGACGCCCACCGUAUUACCUGGUUACCAAAAGAGCUGCCCGAACACGUCCAUCUGAUUGUCUCCACACUCCCCGAUGACCGAUACGAGUCCUACAGCUGUCUGAAGAGUGCUUUCCCAAAGGAGGCGAACUUUGUUGAGGUGCCUCAAAUGCGCGAAGGAGACGCAGCGGUGCUGCUUGAACAUUGGCUGAAGACGGCAAACCGCGGCCUUACCAAUGAACAAUUCGAUAUCAUCAUUGAUGCUUUUAAAAAGUGUCCUCUUCCAUUGUAUCUGAAGAUCAGCUACGAGGAGGCCUUGCUGUGGCCGUCCUACAUGGCCCUGGAAAAGGUGAAGCUGUCGGAAACGAUCAAGAAGGCUGUGAGCGUCAUGUUUGCGAGGUUGGAGUCCACUCACGGUCAGCCCCUCGUCAGGCGGGCAUUGGGAUACCUGACCGCCGCCAAGAAUGGCGUCACUGAAAACGAAAUGGAGGACCUACUUUCUCUUGAUGACUCUGUUAUGGAAGACAUUAGCAAACAAAUCAAGACUCCACUCCGACGCUGUCCAGUGGUCUCUUGGUUGCGCCUUCGAUUAGACUUGAAGGACUACAUCGUUGAACGCAGCGCAGAUAACUGUAAGCCGUUGAAGUGGUUUCAAUCGCAGUUCGUUGAAGCCGCCGAGGAAAGAUACCUCAGCGCAAAGGAAAGGCCAUCCUACCACAAGGCAAUUGCCGAGUACUUUCAGGGGGUCUGGAGCGAAGGCAAGCCUGUUGGCUCUAGCGAGACUGUAGCUAACAGAUUUGUGUCACCACAGAACUUAUACGAAGAAGUCCAGGAUGCGGACGGAAACACAAGUCGAGUGUAUAAUCGGAGAAAACUUAGCGAACUACCGUACAACCUUCUUAAGGCUGUAAUGUUUGACGACAUGAAGACUCAAACAUUGUGCAAUUUUGAAUUCCUGCUGGCAAAGCUUUGUGCCGACUCUCUGAGAAGCAUACUCGAUGACUUCCAGAUGGCCUUGCAGACAGAACCUGAUGAUGCUGACCUCAAGCUUGUGGCCCAUACGUUACAUUUGUCAACAAAAGCUCUGAAGAGAGACAAGCAUCAGUUGGCCACGCAAGUUGUUGGUAGGCUCCAAGAGAUCGUUUCCAAGGACGUGCCGGUCUCGCAUGCUGAUCCCCGCAAGUUUCCCUUCCUGCACCCUCUUUUCCGGCAAGCUGUGAAUGCGUCUGUACCCAGUCUUAUCCCGUCCAUGGCUUGCCUGACACAACCUGAUGGUAUACUUUUCGACCUACUCUCGGGACAUCGGGAGCCUAUCACUGCGGUCGCCAACACCACAGAUGGUCUCCGGGCGCUGACAACGUCCAAGGAUGACACCUUGAAAAUCUGGGAUCUACGGCAAGGAAGGGUGACAAAGACCAUUAGAGACGUCGGAGCAAAUUGUCACAUGAUCAGAACGGCAGUCAAUAACAGUUUGAUCAUUACGUCAGAGUCAUCAAUGAUACGAAUCUGGAGCAUGCGCACAGGCGAAUGUGUCAAGGUCAUUGAUGAAUACGUUGACCCUGCACACAUCACCCUGGCGAAAGAGGGCUCCAUCUUGGCUGCAUUCUAUGACGGAACGCUCAUACUACGCACGUGGUCCUUGAAGCCACAUAUUACGAAACUUGUCGAAGUCAAGUUGCAUCAAGAGGAGGAAGACUCGGAGGCUGGUUUGAUGGCUCUGCACAAGGAACAUUGUAUUUUAGCAGCGAACACUGGCCAUGGCGUCAAUGUCUUGUCAGCAUUCCGUAGUGCGUCAUACGCCAUGGUCCACAGUGCUAAAACUGGAGCGCAGAUCUUCACUCUCAAGUCUUCAGACCCUGGUGCUUCAGUCACCGCAGUGGCUGUCUCGAGGGAAUACUUCGUGGUGGCUUGUCGGUACCAAUACAUGAAACACCACGAAAUAUUCUACCUUGAACUAUUCGACGCACAGAACGGUAGCUACCUUCGUAAGAUUCGUGGCUGCACCGUGGACGACAUCAAGGAUUUAAUGGUAAAUCAGAUGGGAUCGCACGCGCUGUGUGUCUGUGGUUCGGAACAAAACAACACAUCGAAUAUAGCAAUCUGGAACUUGGAGACGGAAGACCAUAAACAUUUAGCUUCCCAUGCUACUGUCUCAUCCAUGGGAGCUUGUUCUGACUUGCGGUACGUCCUGACUGGUUCCAAAACCGAAAAUAUCCUCCGGAUUUGGAACAUGAGCAAGAGUGUGAACCAGACUGCUCCGAAACUGAAAACCAAGGAGGGGAUUAAAAACUUGUACGCGAUGAAGGACCAUCCCAGGUACGUGGUUGCAGAGUCCUUCGAGAAGGGAGUCAUCUAUGUGUGGAAUAUUACAAGGGAUAAGUUCACUGGUCAGAUUGUCCGAAAAGAACGCGGCUUGAUUGAUAAGCAGGAUGUCAUCCUGUUCAGGAAUGAACGAGCAGUCAUCCUGGCCGAUCGUGCAAUCUCUUCGGUGAGCGAGGACAACCAACAGGUCUAUCAGACCUUGUUUGUCUACAACUUAGUAUCAAAGAAGUAUGAACGAAAAAUCAAAGACUGUUUCAUUGUGCCGUCACCAGCUCACGAGUUUAAGGUUCUCUCCGAGGACCGCUUGAUGGGGCUGUCUGAAAAUCGGUCACAUUUCAUGAUUUGGAACAUGAAGAAUGGCCAUGUCGCACACAGAAUACGGCCGAAUUUCCGUGAUAUGGAGCGCCGGAGAUUGGAGUGGGGUAUCCGCGUGAAGCAAGAGCCAGGGGUGAAGGAUAGUAAGCCUCAGCGGAGUACCACUGCGAUGAUGACGCCUUGGGAUCGGAGGACGGAGACAGAAGUAGCAAGGAGGACACGCAAACAGAAAGAAUCGGAGGAGGAAAAGAAACGAAUGGAAGAAUUGAAGAAGGAGAAGGAGAAUGGGAUUGAACAAUACAUCUUGAGUGGAGAUGAGAAGAUCAUUGUGGCCUCCUUCUUCGCUCAUCAUCUGUGCGUAUUCAAUGUUGACACACAUGAACACAUGCAGACGUUGGAGGAUGAGAAUUCAAUGCUGUACCUGUAUGUUUCAGCGCUGACGCACACCGGCAGCCAUCUCGUUUUGGCAAACUACGACGAAGAGGCGAAGACCAGCUACGUGACCUUGUGGGACUGCAAGACGGGUGAGAUCAGAAAAAGGCUGAAGAAUGAGAAGAACGUCCGCGCGAUGGCAAUCAAUGACGCAGCAGACAGGAUCGUCUUCGGGAAGGAGACGACAGAGAUGCGAAUCUGGGAUCCGACCAGAUCAAACUCGCUGCGGAGGGUCAAAGGAUACAAAGACUUGAAGUUCGGCGUGAAUAGCAAGAUCUUGCUUCUGAAUAAUGGUGAGCGUGCCGCAGUGUUCGCUGGGGACAUCUCCAUGUGGGACUUGGACAAGGGCGAGAUGCUCUCCGUCUUCACCCCGGACAUGAAUAUCCAGAGUUUGGAGAUCGCCAUGGACGGUCAGCUGAUCGUGUUUGGCCUUCGUGACAUUGCGAAGGUCGUUACCUUGAGAAUGUCCAAGGGUCAUCGGAAGGAGCUUGAAAUCGCCGGGAAGGACAUCUUUGGGGAGAAAGAGGAAUCAAGCGACGACGACUCUGAUGAAGAGGAGGAUGCUCCUGCUGCUGAUGACGAGGACGAAUAAGGUGGGGUCAGAGGUCAGGUCGUAGCUAGCAAUGGACAGUCUGGGUCGAGACUCAACUUUUUUAUGGACUGCUCUCCCAUGGAACAUGACCGGUCACAACUGACAUCGGUGCAAGUCGCGUCACAACGAGACAAUGUUAAGUGAGGAGGGCUAGAUGUGACUAACAGUCCAAACUAUGGUUGGACGAAAUGAUUGUGACCGCUUCCUUGAAAGCAGAAUAGUAAGACAGAUCUUGUCUGAAAAAAUAUGAGUUGAAAUGAUAUGUGUCAAAAUUAACCCGGGCCAACUGUGAUAUGACGAGUUGAAUAUGAAGGACUGUUGUAAAUAAUCAUAUACAUGUACUUUAGAAACGCACGGGGGGGGGGUUAUGGGGCGAAAGAUGCCAAGCAAAUUCAACUGUUUACUCGGAUCUUCAGCGCCAGUGGAGCUUAGUAUGUU